GACUUGACCUUUACUACCAUAUACAAUGAAACUGUUUUCUAAUAUUUCAGUUACAAAGAGACUACCAUUGGGAGUAGAGGAUCGUCGCAUCCCAGACAGUGCCCUGAGUUCCUCCUCACGGUGGGACGCGUACCACGGACCUCACCGCUGCAGACUGAACGCUCAGAGACGAGGCAGGCACAGAGGGGCGUGGUCGUCACGUGCUAACAACCGUGCCCAGUGGCUGCAGAUUGAUGUCGGAAGCAAAGCCUUUUUGUACGGCAUGGCCACUCAAGGAAGACAGGAUCUAGGACAGUGGGUGAAGACAUACAAAGUCAUGUACAGUUCUGAUGGCGUCCGCUGGAGGUGGUACCAAGUGCGUCGUAGAACUUUGCUCUUGACUGGUAACCGCGACAGGAACACCAUAGUGCGGCACCGAUUUGCACGUCGUCUCCGAGCCCGUUACCUCCGUGUGGUGCCAUACACAUGGCAUAGGCACAUCUCCAUGAGGGUCGAGGUCUAUGGGCGUCGCCUUGUUCCAAGACCUGUUGUGAAGGCCCUCGGUGUCUCCAAGGGACUGGUUAAGAAGCAAUACAUCAAGGCAUCGAGUGAGUGGGAUCGUUACCAUGCCGCACACCUUGCAAGGCUGAACCAGAAACCAAGUGGUCGAUUCAAGGGAGGAUGGUCAGCCAAGAAGAACAACCGUAAACAAUGGAUCCAGUUUGACUUCAGGAAGCCUGUUAGGAUCUCUAAGGUUGCUUGUCAGGGCAGAAGUGACGCUAAACAAUAUGUCACUAGCUUUGCUGUGGCUUACAGUCCUGACGGAUAUCGAUGGACACCUUUUAAAGUUAACUCAAGACUUAAGGUGUUCCGAGGAAACCGUGAUCACUACUCCAUCAAAGAAAACAGUUUUGACCCUCCAUUCAGAUCAAGGUUUGUUCGUGUGUAUGCACGAACAUGGGUGAACCAUAUUUCAAUGAGGCUGGAGUUCUAUGGAGGUCGAGCAUCAAGAAAGGAUCUACCAUUGGGUAUCGAGGAUCGUAAGAUUCGAGACCGCUAUCUGACUGCGUCAUCUGAGUGGAACAAAUAUCAUGGGGCACGCUUUGGAAGAUUGAACACUGUGGCACGUGGUAGGAACAGAGGAGCGUGGUCGGCAAAGAGGAACAACCGACGGCAAUAUAUUAUGGUUAGUUUUACCUGCAUAUGGAUUCUUUUUAUUUUCCAGAUCUUCCCGGCUAACAAUGACCGUAACAGCGUGGUGGCACACGCUCUGACACCGCAUAUCUACGCACGCUACGUGAAAAUCAAACCUCGCACGUGGUUCAGACACAUCUCCAUGAGAUUUGAGGUCUACGGAAAGAGAAGAGCCGAGAGAGUUAAACCGGUUAAACCUGUUAGACCGCCGCGUGUCAGACCACCUGUCAGACCACCAAUCAGACCGCCCGUCAGACCUCCUAUUAGACCGCCCGUCAAACCACCAGUUGCCAUCAAGAGCUGCCCGGUCACCUUGGAUCUGGCCUUUGUGAUGGACGCGUCAAACCAUGUUUCCCGCCGAGACUUCCAGCUCGAGAAAGCUUUCGUCAAGACUGUGUCUAGCAAGUUUACCAUCACUAAGCACCAGUCCCACAUCGGUCUGAUCACGUACGCUAACCUGCCAUCACUGAGGAUGAGGUUCAGACAGUACAACUCUCUAUUUGCUGUUCGACGUGCGGUCGACCAAGCGCCGUACAUCAAUCGCGGAGGAAAACGUUUAGAUCUCGCCCUUCAAGCCGCUUAUGACACGUUCUACAAAAACGAACCAACGUACAUCCAGCGUGUUUUGGUCGUAAUCACUGGCGGCCCACCCAACCGCAGACGCGCGUACGCUAUCAAACGCAUGGCAUCAAGAUUCAUACGCAAGGGCGUCCAAGUUUACGCCAUGGGCGUUGGCCGCGCGUUCCGGAGCGAACUGAGAAGUAUCGCGUACAAAAAUAAGCAUGUGUACUACAUGAAGACGUUUGGAUCGCUACUGGCCAGGGCCAAUCAGAUCGCAGGCACCAUCUGCAGCGAACAGUCCAAGGAAGCGGAUAUCCAUAAACGAGCAGAACUUCUGAGGCCGUUAAUGCAGAAAGAAGAAAAUGAAACCAAGAAGACCCAGCAAUAAUAUUUAACAAAAUUACA